UUAAAUUUUUUGCUCCCGUGUUCUCGCUGUCCUCAAGGACCUCAACACACACAUUUUCUCUACCUCCUUCUUCACUCCAUUCCACCGCCGGCGACGUUUCUCCUCUGGUCUCUCACAAGUGCGCGACAACCUUCAUGUUCACACACUCGCACGUCGCAAUUCUCCUAUGCUCCUUCACCGGCAAUCAGAGCGGCGAUUUCCCGAUACCUACGCCAUUUCCUGAUCUCAUGCUUCUCAAUGUUUGGGUUGCUAGGAGACCUCCUGGCUAUGCAUUCAUUGAUUUUGAUGAUACCAGGGACGCCAAAUAUGCCAUUCAUGCAUUAGAUGGUGGUGCACCUAGGGUUUUUGUGGGUCAUUCCAUAUACAAAGGGAAAGCUGCUCUUACCGUGGAGCCAAAAGCGCCAGAGUUUUUGCCAUUGGAUGUAAUCAUGGAUGUAGUCUUUAAUCACACGGCUGAAGGAAAUGAGAAAGGUCCAAUUUUUUCUUUCAGAGGCACUGACAACUGUAUUUUCUAUAUGCUCGCAUCCAAGGUAUGUCUUAGUGUUUGUCAUGAUUUAUCAGACAUAUAUUCAGUUUGUUCUGUGCGUCAGUUGGUUCUUUAGU